AUGGAAUUGCUUCAAAGCUAUGAAGGCAGUAGUGAUGGUGCUUCAUCUGAUGCAGAUGAUGAGAUACUUUAUCAUAAACCUAUCACAUUAGAAAAUUGCCAGUCGCUUGCUUUGAGUGCUUCUGCUUGUGAAAUUGCACCACAAGUUGCAACAAAAUUGGAUGUUGGUGGUUUACGUUGUGUAGAUCCACAAACUAAAGAACUUCAUUACAAUCCUAAAUAUGAAGAACUUUUCUUGCCAAAAGUAGGGCCACUAAAUCCGUUUAAAUCCGCUAACGAGAGAGCGACGAAAAAUAUGCUGACGGGAUAUGUAGAAACAGCGCAUGUAAAUAAUUUCCAAUUCGAACAGCAAAUUAGAUCCUUUGAUACAUUAGGAUAUGCUCGUGAUCCAUCUGCCGAUCAAUCAAAUCAAUUUAUUGGUGAUGUAGAGAAAGCUCAAGAAUCUCAGGGUGCUAGUCUUUUCGAAGGUCAAAAGACAGGUGGACAAAAGCGUAAACGAAAAAAAAAUAUGGAUUCAAGUGAUGUAGAAGGAUAUACUGGACCAUGGGCGCGAUUUGAAGAUGAAAUAGAAAUUGUUAGACCAGAUCCAGAGUUAGCAAAGGAACUGGAGGAAAUUGUUAAAAAGCGACAGAAAAAUAGCCGAGCAGGUCGGAAAGCAGCACAGCAGCAAGAAGCGCUUGUCGAUGAAUCUUCAACAUUGCAUCUGAAAGAAAUGGAGGAUUAUCUAGGACGUUCAUUCAUGCAUGCCCCACAAUAUAUUGGCGUGAAUUUGCGUGAAGAUCAUGUUCCGGAGCGUUGUUUCAUUCCAAAAAAACAUAUCCAUACAUACCGUGGCCAUAAUAAAGGAAUUAAUUGCUUACGGUGGUUUCCCAGGAGUGCGCAUUUAUUCCUCAGUGCUUCUAUGGAUAGCAAGAUUAAAUUGUGGGAAGUAUAUGGGAAAAGAAGUGUGGUAAGAACUUACUCAGGGCACAAAAUGUCGGUGAAAGACGUCGCUUUUAACAAUAAUGGGACGGAAUUUCUGUCAGCUUCCUUUGACAGAUACAUUAAAUUAUGGGAUACUGAGACUGGUCAGGUUAAACGAAGAUUCCACACGGGUCACAUACCAUUUUGUGUGAAAUUUAAUCCUGAUGAAGAUAAACAAAAUAUGUUUUUGUCUGGUAUGCAAAAUAAAAAAAUUUUGCAGUGGGAUACGAGGACGGGAGAAACUAUUCAAGAAUAUGACCGCCACUUGGGUAUUGUCAAUUCAAUAACAUUUUUUGAUAAAAAUCGGAGAUUUUGUUCAACUUCUGAUGACAAAUCUAUACGAAUAUGGGAAUGGGAAAUUCCUGUUGACACAAAGCUUAUUCAGAAUGCCGGCUUGCACUCAAUUCCAACGAUGACAAAAUCCCCUACAGAGAAAUGGAUAGUAGGUCAGUCGAUGGAUAAUCGUAUUGUGUUAUUCCAAUUAAUUGACGAUAAAUUGCGGUUUGCUAAGAAAAAAGCGUUCAAAGGACAUAAUGUUGCUGGUUACGCGUGCUCCGUUGAUUUCUCUCCAGAUAUGAGCUUUUUAACAUCCGGUGAUGCAGAUGGUAAAGUUUUUAUUUGGGACUGGCGAAAUCAUAAAAUUGUCGCAAGGUGGAAAGCACAUGAAGAUUGCGUUAUUGCAACGUUGUGGCAUCCACAUGAAACUUCUAGGUUUUUGCGUGAUUUUAAUAAAGACACGGCACUAAAGCUGAGAACAGUUCCAACGAAAUGGAAAGGUCGUAUUCAGUGGUGGAAGGAACCCAUUUACAUCUGUCCACACGUUGAUAUCUUGCAGAGGGGAGUCGAUUUUACUUUUCAAGAUGGUCGACCUGUCUACGUGACAUCAUUAGAUGAAUUGCGAAGAAAGAAAGAGCAAGUUGAAUUAGGAAAGCAAAUAGUCAAACUUCUUGGUGAAGUAAAUGAAGCAGAAGAACUGUAUAAGCAACAUUUGAAAAUUCAAAAACAAGAGAAGGAAAAAUACUUUUCUAUUGCACCAUCUCCAAAAUGUAGCGAAGAAAUCUCUUGA